AUGAAUCUAAAAAGCCUUAAGGCGAAGGCAGAGCUGAUCUUGUUUGUGAUUCCGAAGAGCUUGCGUUCGAUAGCAGGCAUGACUGAAGCCGUCGAGCUGGUAUCAGGCAGCCGAGCUUUGCUGCUUGUGAUUGAGCCUAUGGAGGGAGGAUACGUAGCUGAGGAUGGAGUUUUCAUCACUGGUCGCAAUUCCAAGAUUUUCCAUGAGCCCGAGCCUAUCUUCGUGGGAUGGCUGUACGAAACCACGUCGACGAUUUUACGUCAGUCACGAAAGCUGUCGAGGUUAUCGUAG